AUGAUAUUGUGCUUUAUAACACUUAUCGAGGAAGGAACGUUUCUGUUACCAUUCCGUUUUUUAGUCACUCACGAAGGAUUUGGCCGUGAUAUAUUUUUAUUGUCCUUGUCGGGCGCUUUGGGACAGGUUGUAAUUUAUGUGACCAUUGAACGAUUUGGGCCGAUGAUAUUUACGGUGAUGAUGACACUGCGGCAGAUACUUUCCAUAUUACUUUCAGCUGUAGCUUAUGGCCAUCCGAUGUCUGUUUGGUCUGUGUUGGGCUUGCUGACAACCUUUACUGCUAUUUUUGGCUUUAUUUAUAUUCGGCACCAUAAAACUCGACAUUAA